GUGCGGCUCCUUCGAAGACAGACAAAAACAUGUUUCGAAGUUUCUCUGCUGGAAAAAUACCCUUGCUCCAAGUUUAUAAUUGCUGUUGGAAAUAAUGCAGUGGCAUUUUUGUCAUCAUUUGUUAUGAAUUCAGGAGUCUGGGAAGAAGUUGGCUGUGCUAAACUCUGGAAUGAAUGGUGUAGAACAACAGACAACAUACAUCUGUCCCCCACAGAGGCUUUUUGUGUGUUUUAUCAUCUAAAGUCAAAUCCCUCGGUUUUCCUUUGUCAGUGCAGUUGCUACGUUGCUGAAGAUCAGCAGUAUCAGUGGCUGGAAAAGGUUUUUGGCUCUUGUCCAAAGAAGACUAUGCAGGUAACUGUUCUCACGUGUCGACACGUUACUGACUAUAAAGCUUCAGAACCUACCAGCAGCCUUCGUUCUCCUUUCCUGAAGGCCCUAAAAACACAGAAUUUCAAGGAGUCUCCAUGCUGUUCGCUGCUGGAACAACCGAAUAUCGCGCACGAUCUCCCUGCAGCAGUUCUGAGUUACUGUCAAGUAUGGAAAAUCCCCGCCAUUCUGUACUUGUGUUACACUGACGUGAUGAAAUUGGACCUAAUUACAGUUGAGGCUUUUAAGCCCAUAUUUUCUUCCAGAAGCUUGAAAGGUUUGGUUAAGAACAUCCCCCAGAGCAAAGAGAUACUAAAGAAACUGGUGAUGACAAAUGAGAUUCAGAGUAACAUCUACACGUGAUUCCAGAUGGUUUUGUCAUGUGUGUUACGUGUCCAUUCCUUUGGGGGCCACAGUGGCACUGUUUCAUAGGUUUCUUUUUUCCAAGGGGGUGUUGUGAGGAUGUUAAAAACAAUAAACUUAUUUAAAAUUCA